GCCCCGCUGGAACUUUUCGUGGCCAAUGCGGGCACCGCUGCACGCUUCCUCUCAGCGAUGGUUUGCCUGGGCAACGGCGUUUACCGCCUCAGCGGUGUACCGCGCAUGCACGAGCGGCCACAGAAGGAGCUGAUCCGGGCCUUGCGCUCCCUGGGCUACCGGAUUGAGACUCCAAACGACAAGCUGCCCGCCGUCUUCUACGGCGAGGGCGCGAAGCCUGGUGCUGUCACGGUCAGCGUGGAGGACAGCUCGCAGUUUGCCAGUGCUUUGCUGCUCUCCAGCCGGGCGGGGAGUUGGAAUGUGUCGACGCCUCCAGACGCGAACCCAGAUGAGCUCCCCUACGUGGAGAUGACGCGGGAGCUCCUGAAGGCGUUCCCACACGAAGGAGGGGAGUUUCAGAUUGAAGCCGACGCCUCCAGCGCGAGCUAUUUCCACGCAGUGAAUGCCAUGUUCCCGAAGAUUGCGCCCGUCCGUGUUCUGGCCUGCCAGCCGCCUCGCACGGAAGGAGGAACUGGCUGGCAGAUCGAUGCCGAGUUCCCGAGGCUGGCGCCACGGAAUCACAAGAUGCGGAGCACAGUGCAGCGGCUGAUGUCUUUCCUGACAGGCAUGGCGCAGAGAGUUUGCUCCGCCGGCCAGGCUCCGCGGGUGAUUUCCCGCAAGACCGACCUUGGCGACUCCAUCAUGACGGCAAUCACGAUCGCGACGCUUUCGGAGUUGCCUUUCAAGUUCGUGAAACUAGGCGUGCUGCGCAAGCAAGAGUGUGAGCGUGUACAAGCCCUGCGCGACGAGCUGACGAAGUGCAAGGUCGACGUGAAGGAGGUGGAAGACACCCUGGAGGUCGCGCCAUGCGAGACUGCCAUAGGCGAUGCCUCCAUCCACACCUACCACGACCACCGCAUGGCGAUGUGCUUUGCCACCCUGGGACUGGCAGCUCCAGGGAUCAAGAUUGAAGACCCCAGCUGCGUCCGAAAGACUGUGCCCUCCUUCUUCCAGAUCCUCAGCGCCCCCCCACCGCGGGGCCUCGGCGUGGAGAUUUGGGAAUGUGACCCGAAAACCGGAGGGCGUGUCCGGAAGCUCACUGCAAGUGAGGACCUUGAGCCGCGUAAAAAGUAG